AUGUCUACAAAACCUACCAGCAAGAUAUUUCCAUUCAAAACCUUCAUUUCAGACCUAUCGACCAACCUCGUUCCACAGUCCCUUCUGUCAUCUCCCGAAAAUGGCGCUGGCGGUGGACGCUUGGUCAUUGUAGGAGAUGUGCACGGGAUGAGAAAGUCCCUUGAAGAACUCCUUAGAAAAGUCGGCUUUGACAAAAGCAAAGGAGAUCAUCUCAUACUAGUUGGCGACCUAGUCAAUAAAGGGCCCGAUAGCCCUGGCGUUGUUGAUCUGGCUAUCAAGUUAGGCGCUAGCGCAGUGAGAGGCAACCACGAGAAUGCAGUUCUUAAUGCAGCCGUAGAGAUCAACGCUGCAAAGGAUAGUCCACUGCCUUCUGGGGACUUCACUGGCAUUUCGGUCGGACCCGAGAACCCCGAAGUAGACCUCCCUAAGGAUACUGUUCGAGAUCCUGAGAAACCCGAUAAAUGCGCAUCUCCUACAACGCGUGCGACAGCACUAGCUCUUUCGCCGCAUCAGAUCGACUGGCUUGCUGCUUUACCUUUGAUCUUACGUGUCAAGCUACCUCAAGACCUAGCUUCCCCACUUGGCGACACUCUAAUUGUCGUACAUGCGGGUCUGGCCCCUAGUACCUCACUUGAAAACCAAGAUACAUAUGCUGCAAUGCAUAUGCGGAGUCUAAUCCGCACAAUGGGCGAUGAGGACAAAUUAAUACCGUCUGAAACUUCCGGGGAAGAAAGCUGGAUCAUGGAAUGGGACCGUUGGCAAGAUAGUCUAUCGUCCAAGACUACGGUGAUAUUUGGGCACGAUGCAAAGCGUCGUUUGCAGCGGAGCAAAUAUGCGAUUGGACUGGAUUCAGCAUGUUUAUACGGUCACAAAUUAAGUGCGCUUGUGAUUGGGGCUUCCGAUGGAAAGAUUGAUCAUCAGGUUAUUCAAGUCGAUUGUGCUGAUGUGCCCGUUGCCCCAACAAUAUCUGUGAAACAAGGCGACAAGGCAGUGGUUGGAUAA